CUGGUUGUGAAAUGAAUCCUCCUCCAGAUCCUCACAACAUCUUUAAAAACAUUUUAAUGAACAAAUUUAGUUCGGAAACCCAUCAUAAACCUCACUGCAUCUGGUUAUGACGAGAGCCUGCGUUGUUAGCAUUGGUGCUGCUAACGUUAGCCACUUCCGGUUUAGUUCUGUAACAGCGGAACGAAACUUAUGCAAUUUUAAAAUAUGGAAUCAUUAUGACCUGAGAAGCGCAGACUGACAGCGGCGAUGUCUCCGGUGCGGCGAUCCAUAAACAAUGCAUUGUGGGCCAUGUGUGCAGCGGAUUCCAUGGCCAUGCCGGUCCACUGGUACUACAACACUGAUGACAUCACCAGGGAUUUUGGCGGUUGGAUCCGCGGCUUCAUGUCUCCGAGGGACCGUCACCCCUCCAGCAUCCUCAACCUCUCCAACACCGCCGGCAGCGGUCGGACUGCCUGGUCCUCCAGCGCCAAGCGACCCGACGUGGUUGGUAAUGUGAUCCUCCACGACAAGCUGGACCUGUGGAAGAACUCCAGAGGAUCAGUCCACUACCACCAAGGUCUUCAGUCUGGGGACAACACCCUAAAUGUCCUCUGUUCCCUCCGGGUCUUCCGGUCUCUCGUCUCGGGGCGUUUCAGCGACGUCUCUCAGCCGGAGGCCCGAGGCGCCGUCAUGUCGGACUACGUCAGCUUCCUGACCACGCCCGGCUUGCACCGCGACUCCUACGCCGAGUCCUUCCACCGCGCCUUCUUCUCCAGCUGGCAGGACACCAGGCCCACCUCCCCCAGUGAGGUUCUGGCGUUUGCAGAAAAGCGAAGCAGGCACACGUUGAGCUGCCCCGCCCCCGACGGCCAGCUGGACGCCAUCGGCUGCCUUCCCAUGAUCCUCCCCUUCAUCCUGCUCUCCGCUUCGGCCAAUGAGGACCAAGCGGUCUCAGCUGCGGUGGAGUUCGUGAAGCUCACCCACCCGCACCCGAGGGUGCCCGAGUACGUGUCCAUCUACAGCAGGGCGCUGCACGCCGUCCUGGGCGGGGCCAGCGUGCGGCAGGAGGCGGAGCGAGCCCUGAGGAGGCUGGAGGCCUGGGAGGAGUCUCGGAGCUACGCACGCAAGGCAGCCAGGUUCUCUCGGGGCUCCGACAUGCAGCUGAAGGUCCAUCAGAGCGCCGUGAGCUUCCUGGGCCUGGCUUGCUACACCAAAGGAGCUCUGUCCAGCCUGUUCUACCUGGCCCACGAGUUCCACGAUGACAUCACCGGGGGAAUCCUGGCCAACGCCAACUGUGGAGGGGAGAACUGUAACCGCGGGGCGGCGCUGGGGGCCCUGCUGGGCGCCGGGGGGGGCGCGGUCCCACAGGAGUGGAGGGACCAGCUGAGAGACGCCCAGGAGUUCAUCCCGGACCUCCUGACCUCUAAUUAAUGUUAAUAACAAUGAUAUGAUAUUCAAACUAUUUGUCAGAUGUUCAUUUAUCGCAUCAUGAAAGUGUAAUAAUAAUAAUAAUAAAAUCAAGUAUCAAUUA